UUGGGAUGGUCUGGCUCGUCCCGCCCUAACCUGCAUCAUGUUCUCCUGCAAGCAGGUGGUGUCUGUGCUCUGCUGCUUUGGUCUCUGGAUCCCUCGCGCCCUCACACUCGUGGAAAUGGUCAUAACCUCGUUCUAUGCCAUAGUCUUUUACCUGCUGAUGCUGGUCAUGGUGGAAGGCUUCGGUGGGAAGGAAGCAGUUCUGAGGACACUGAGGGACAUCCCGAUGAGGGUGCACACAGGUCCCUGCUGCUGCUGCUGCCCUUGCUGCCCGCCCCUCAUACUUACCAGGAAGAAGCUUCAGCUGCUGAUGUUGGGCCCUUUCCAGUAUGCCUUCUUCAAGAUACUGCUGAACAUAGUGGGCCUGUUUCUCAUCCCUGAUGGCAUCUUUGAUCCGUCAGAUAUCUCGGAGAAAAGUACGGCUCUGUGGAUCAAUACUUUCCUCGGCGCGUCCACGCUGUUCGCUCUCUGGUCGCUGGCCAUCAUUUUCCGGCAAGCCAAGUUGCACCUGAGUGAACAGAAUAUGGGAUCCAAGUUUGCUGUCUUCCAGGUUCUUGUCAUCCUGACGGCCCUGCAGCCCUCCAUUUUCUCCAUCUUAGCUAGCACCGGGCAGAUUGCUUGUUCACCUCCAUUUCCUUCUAAAACCAGGUCUCAAGUGAUGAACUGCCACAUGCUCGUCGUGGAGACCUUCCUGAUGACGGUGCUGGCACGAAUGUACUACCGAAGGAAAGAUGGCAAGGUUGGGUAUGAGACUUCUCCGGCACCAGACCCGGACUUGAAACUCAAAGCCUGAGGCAAGUGGCUGGGACUAUGGAAAAGAUACUGUCCUACUCAGGAGAGCAUGAGAGUCCGUCUGUCCCUCAACCUGAACCAGCGGUUCAGGCUCCCGCUGGCAGCGCAGGCUGGCAGAUUCCAUGUAACUAUAGGGAUGAGGGGAAGGUGCUGAACUGGAGCUUUGCUCAGGGAAGACAUUUAAAAUUUUGAAACGAACAGGGUGUGGCUGAGACACUGCAGAGGACAC